AUGCACGUGUCGGAUCUGAAAGCUGGCUUUAAAUGCGAUCGUCCCACUGUCCGACCGACCGUAAUCGCGAAUCUGGACACGUGUCACUUGAUCACUGUUCAUACUGACCAACGUAAACUUAUCAGAUAUCUGUGUGUUGCUGAUCCUGAUCAAAUUCAUAUUCUUCAUUACAGUUCACGAUUGGGCAUAUUCACGCCUUUCGAGUUGAUCUCAACGGUUGAACCAGCCACAUGCCUUAUUUCAAUGAACGACGGGAUCGUUUUUGGCGCAGAUCAGUUCUACUAUGUUGAUAUGGAGACAAUAACGUCAAGACCGAUCGUUGUGGCUGGAUGUCCGUCAGAUUUUCCACUUGCUGCGGUCGCCAUUUCAGACCGAGAACUUCUGCUUGCCUAUCAUAAUUUCGGCGUAUUCACUGAUAUCAGUGGGAAUCGAACGAGACCGGAGAAUGUCGACUGGAAUCGAGCGCCGCUGGAAUUCGGUUAG